AUGCCCGAUAAGGUUUUCGCUCGUCGAGGUGCUAUUCGGCAAAAAAAUGUCGUUAUUGUGAAGGAGCAUUCAUUUAUCAAUCGUUAUUUUAGGCAACCAACAUGGUGUGGUCAUUGCAAAGAUUUUAUUUGGGGUGUCUUGGGAAAGCAGGGAUAUCAGUGCAAUGUUUGCCUAUUUAGUGUGCAUAAACGAUGUACGGAAUUUGUCACGUUUAGUUGUCCCGGUUUGGAUAAAGGCCCAGAUUCAGAUUUUCAAAAUUAUCAUAAAUUCCAAAUUCAUACCUUUGGUAGUCCUACCGUCUGUGAUCAUUGUGGCUCAUUAUUACAUGGUUUGGUUCACCAGGGAAUGAAAUGCGAGAAAUGUGAUAUGAAUGUUCAUAUUAAAUGCAAAGCGAUGGUUCCUGGACUUUGUGGCGUUGAUCACACUGAACGUCGUGGCCGAAUACACUUGCAAGCCUAUCACCAAGGUGCCUAUCUUGAGGUUAAAAUUUUGGCUGCCAAAAAUCUGACUCCAAUGGACCCGAAUGGCUUGGCCGAUCCCUAUGUGAAAAUUAAACUUAAUCCAGCCGACGACAACCAGAAGGUUAAAUUGAAAACCAAGAUUAUCCGGUCCACCCUCAAUCCCUCGUGGAAUGAAGAAUUUCACCUGCCUCUGGAGCCAGGGGAUGUUGGGAAGCGACUGUCAGUUGAAGUGUGGGAUUGGGACCGAACUUCACGAAAUGACUUCAUGGGAUCGCUCUCUUUUGGCGUGGGAGAGUUGAAGAAGGCCCCGGCUAGCGGAUGGUACAAACUUCUUCCAGCCGAAGAGGGUGAAUUCUACGCCUGUCCUUGCAUAGAUGAAGCCGGUGCAGCUCUUAUUGAAUUAAAGAAUAAAGUCAAGCAAGACUAA